UUUGAGUCCAAGAAAGCCUGGGCUGUAACCAGACCUGUUUGCUCCCCCAGUCCUGCGCGUCUUCCUAGAAGACCAGUGAAGGGGGGACGGAGCCGCCGCGGCGCCGCCGGCAGCCAGGUUCUAGCUCUGACUUCAAUGGACUCUGCUUCACCGGUAAAUGAUCCUUGAGAAAAACGGACUAUUUCUUGGAACUCUAAAACCAUGGCUCAUAAUAUGGUGGUAUUCAGAGAUGUGGCUAUAGAUUUCUCCCAGGAAGAGUGGAAAUAUUUGAAUUCCCAUCAGCGGAAUUUGUACAGAGAUGUGACAUUAGAGAACUACAGCAACUUGGUGUCCGUGGCAGGGUAUUCCUUUUCUAAGCCAGAUGUAAUUACCCUUUUAGAGCAAGGGAAAGAACCCUGGAUGAUUGUGAGGAAUGAGAAAAGAAGAUGGAGUCUAGAUUUGGAACCCAGAUAUGACAAAAAAGCAUUUCAAGAAAAGAAUAUUUGUGAAAUGAAUUUAUCCCAGUGGGAAAUAGUGGAAAAAAUUAGAAGUUGUGCCAUUGAGGAUUCGUUUUUGAGGAAAAAUUAUGAAUAUAAAAGGUUUAUGGAAGAAGCAGGCCCUCAGAAGGAAUAUUUCAAGCAAAUGGAAAGAAGUACUUCUGAAAAAAUGCCUGCUUACAGAAAACUCACACCUAUUACUCUUUAUCAAAAAAUUCAUAGUAGAGAGAAACCCUAUGAAUGUGGGGAAUGUGGGAAAGCUUUUAGGGUCCGUCAGCAACUUACUUUUCAUCAAAGAAUUCAUACUGGUGAAAAGCCCUACGAAUGUAAAGAAUGUGGAAAAGCCUUUAGACAGAGUGCCCACCUUAGUCGACAUCAGAGGAUUCAUACUUCUGACAAACUCUGUGAAUGUAAGAAAUGUGGAAAGAUCUUCACAUGCGGCUCAGAUCUUCGAGUUCAUCAGAGAAUUCAUAUUGGUGAGAAGCCCUAUGAGUGUAAAGAAUGUGGAAAGGCCUUCAGGGUACGAGGACAACUUAAUCUCCAUCAAAGAAUUCAUACUGGUGAGAAACCCUAUGAAUGUAAGGAAUGUGGGAAGACCUUUAGACAAUAUGCACACCUCACUCGACAUCAAAGACUUAAUAUUGCUGAAAAGUGCUAUGAAUGUAAGGAGUGUGGACAAGCUUUUCUGUGUAGCACAGGCCUUCGGCUACAUCACAAACUUCAUACUGGUGAAAAACCCUACGAGUGUAAAGAAUGUGGGAAGGCCUUUAGAGUGCGGCAACAACUUACUCUCCAUCAGAGAAUUCAUACUGGGGAGAAGCCCUAUGAUUGUAAGGAGUGUGGGAAAACCUUUAGUCGUGCAUAUCAUCUAACUCUUCAUCAGAGAAUUCAUACAGGUGAGAAACCUUAUGAGUGUAAGGAGUGUCAGAAGUUCUUCCGGCGUUACUCCGAACUUAUUUCACAUCAGGGCAUUCACAUUGGAGAGAAACCCUAUGAUUGUAAGGAAUGUGGGAAGGCCUUUAGACUGUUUUCACAACUUACUCAACACCAGAGUAUUCACUUUGGCGAAAAACCUUAUAAAUGUAAGGAAUGUGAGAAGACGUUUAGACUACUCUCACAACUUACUCAGCAUCAGAGUAUUCACACUGGGGAGAAACCCUAUGACUGCAAAGAAUGUGGAAAGGCCUUUCGACUUCAUUCCUCUCUUAUUCAGCACCAGAGAAUCCAUUCUGGUGAAAAGCCAUAUGAAUGUAAGGAAUGUAAGAAGGCUUUUAGACAACAUUCCCACCUUACUUACCAUCAGCGAGUUCACAGUGUAACUAAAUAAUUCUUUUUGUG